GAGAAAGAGAGAGAGAGAAAAAACGUCCGUUGAAAAGAGAGGUGGGGGGAAAGCACGUCAAGCUCGUGUGCUGGUACGUUUCAUUUAGCUCAACCGGAGAAGUUAAUCGUUUAGACGAGCGGAGGAAACGAAUGAGAUUUCAACCGAGUCGCGCACAGUGAGUGGACCGGACCGGACCGGACAGGGCAGCAGAUCUCUCAUCCCCUUUCUCUUCAGCAGACUGAUAAGGAGACCCAGAUGGACAACAGGAACACGUCUGAUGACAAGCCCGUUCAGCGUUCUAAGUCUUUCAGUUUCAAGACCCAGAAAGAGACGUGUGCAUCAUGUGAGAAAACCGUGUAUCCGAUGGAGAGAUUGGUGGCCAACAACCUCAUCUUCCACGCCACGUGCUUCUGCUGCAAGCAUUGCAACACCAAACUCAGUCUGGGGACCUAUGCAGCGCUGCAGGGGGAGUUCUACUGCAAACCACACUUCCAGCAGCUCUUCAAGAGUAAAGGGAACUACGACGAGGGCUUCGGGCGCAAGCAGCACAAGGAGCUCUGGGCCUCCAAGGAUGCAGAGAGCAUCACCAAGACGCCAUAAUCCUCAGUGAUUUCCAAAGCACAUUUCCCCUCCCUAGCCAGUGAUGAUGACCGUUUAUAUACUCUGCCCACAUCAAUACACACAUGCUUCCACACAAACACAAACUCAUUUCAAGCACACAAGCAGUUCUCAUGAUAUCACAAUCACAGAUAUACCACAAUGUGAUAGGGUUGAUUAGCGUCCCUUUUGUUUGUUGUUCAUUUUUAUUUUUAUUUUUUGUCCUCCCACCCUUCCUUCUCUGCUUAGUUUUAAUUUUCAGUUAGCUUUAGAAAAUGUCUUUUUUUUUUUUUGUAGUGUCGUGGAGUUAACAGUUAGUUGAUUGUGACCAAAAUCUUUGUGUCCCUAUAGGUGGGAUGAUUCACUUAUUAGCGUCAUUACGAUCCGGUUUGGCAGUACUAGUAUCAGUUGGUUUUCUGUUGUGAAAGGUUUCAAGAUGGUUUAGAUCAUACACUCAGGUAAAGAUUCUGGGUUGUUGCAUCAAGAUUAUUCAGCAAUCUUUUAUGUACAUAGUGGACUUAAAUAUUUUGUGUUAUGAUUGAUAUAUGUCCCUCAUUUCAGUUACAGCAAUCUGUACUGUUUUCAAACUAAAUGGCUUUUAACUACGUUCCUUAAAAUGGGAAAACUGUCUUUUUUUUUAUUUUGUCUGCUUUGCUGGCGUAGGGUAUUUUAUCUGUGAAUCUACAGGGUACACUGUACUGUAAAGAACUCACUUGAGUUUACAUCCCCCUUACUUUUCAUUCUUUUUCAUCCUUGUUUUAUCAUCUUUUUACAUUAAGAAUUGGUAUUUGACAGAUCUUGUCAAAUCUGUGAUCAAUCAGACAAUAUCAUUCUUAUAGCAUGAGCAUCUUUUACCAAAUGUAGUUGUAAACACAAUAUUUGCUCAGAUAAUAUUUACCACUCUAAAAUUUAAUUUGAUUACAAAUUAAGAUUUAAGAAACUUAGUCUUAUAUCAGCCAUCAUUUCUGGCGCCCUCUAGUGUUUUGGAUGAUAUUCCUUAUUUGACCUAAUGUUGGUUAUUCUUUGCCAUCUAUUGAUGCCAUCUAGUGAUAUCUAUGCUCAUUGUAUCAAAUAUUCCUUGUAUAUCUUAUUUUAGUCACAUUUUAGUGUUUUUCUUCUCUUAUAUUGUUGUUCAGUGAUUUCUUGUAAAGGCAUUUGUACAGAAGUACCACUAAGCGGAGUGAAUGUACUGUGAUGCACUGUACUGUACUUAUGCCUUGCUGCAUGGGACCAAGCUUGUACAACAAAAUUAAGAUAUUCACAGGGAACUAGGUCUCAGAGGAAAUGACAUUUAUGAUGCUUUGCACCAUUGCCUCCCCCCUCCCUACUCCACCACUUCCUGUCAUCGCAUAGUUUUUGGCUGUUUCCUGUGGGCUUCUCUGUGACGAGGUUUUGUGGGACUUUGAGCACACACGUAACCGUGUGGCUCGGAAGCAUUGCUCAGGAAUAUGGAUGGGUCACAAUGAUCCAGCGGUGUCACCCCUAGUGUUCAUUGUUAAAAGCUGUUGUUCACUAAAUGAAUAAUUUUUACACUUUCAAUCGACAAACAGUCAGCAGUUGGGGUUUGAGCAGGAAGGGGGUGCUUUACAUCUAAAUGAACACUUCCAUCCCAGGUUUAUAUGCACAUGUCAGCGUGAAACUGUGACUCGUGAAUUGUCACUGUGGCCAUAAACUGUGACCUCUCCAGAGGUUCAUGUAUUUGUGUACAAACAUCAUUAAUGCCAUCAUGUUGUUUCUUUUAAUGAAUGAAAUGCCUCUGUGUUUUAAUACUGUUGCUUUUUUGGUUUUCUAGUGUAACACGGUAAAGCUGUUCUGAUAAGCCUGUAUUUGUUAAAUGCCAUAAGGAAGUGGUCUGUAGAUAGUUUUGCCUUUAGUUUUAGGCCCAUGAUAAUGGCUUGUUGUGUUUGCAAAUGUCUCGUCUGCCUUCCAGUGCAAUGGCCUUUUGUCUGUACGUUUGAGGAGAUUCUCCAUUUAGACUUUAGACUUGCUAAGCCAUUGAAAAUCAUCCAAAUAUUUUCAACAACUUGAACGCCACAAAAGUCCCAGUGUGUGUAUAUAUUAAAGAUGACUGUGAAAUUGAAAUGCAUUGCGAGGUUUAGAUGAAUUAUCGAAAGCUCUUGGCACGAACGGAAAGAAUAUUUUCAUAUUAAGCCUUAUCAUUUUAGUUGCUUUUUGUUUUUUUUGCGCGUUGCAUUUUUAAGAAUACUUUGUUUUCAGCUUCCUAUGAGUUUUUCCCCCAAAUCAUCAGCUUUUUAAAAUUUCUUAAUCAACUUUCUCAUUUUCUCUCUGUAAAUGAUUUGGUCUUCAUUCCAAUGCAUAAUAUAAUUUUUUUUUUUUCUUUCCAAAUGUGCUUUUAAUUUUGGAACAAACUUUUCACAGACACAAAUCACUGUGUUUAUGCCAAUUGUUAGUUGUGUUUGCACGCAGUGCGCCAAGGUACAAAUGACACAAUAUCCUGCAAGCACUCACUGUCUUUUAUAGACUACAGAACAAACAGGAAAAAGGUACGCUCUUCUUUGCUCUUUUCUGAUGGAUUUGUAGUUCUUGAAAUGUGUGAGUGUGUAAAUGUAUGGAUAUUUAAGGUGGCAAAAGAUUAUUUUUAAAUGCUGUUUACUGUCCGCAUGCGUUGAGUGCGAAGGAGAUAAAUGUACGCAAAGUGUAUUACUCUAUAUCUAAAACUUGAUCAGUGGAACAAGGUGGCCUUAAAGCAGAAGGAGGUCUUUUGGCUCUUUACUUGUCUCUUUUGUCCCCCAUCAGGUUUAUUUUUGUCUCAGUACUUUUAUCAGCCCUCAACUGCUACAAGAAUUUAUAAUAAAAUGUGAUUUUGCUUUCUUUCA